CUUGAUAGUCACCGUCGGAUCGUAGCUGCGGAGGAACCAAAGAUCUUGAUGCACUCGAAUGAGUGUCAAGACCCAACUGGUUGCAAUGAGGACUGGCACACAAUUUGGUGGAAUGGUAUGGGCCGUUUUCUUCUUGAUGGUAGGAAUCCACAGCCGUACGACGACGCCGUCAAAUGCUUCAAGGAACUGCAGUUUGGAUGCGUCAGUGAAGGAUGCAAAGACCUCAUGUUCAAGAUUCUCGAUCAGGGAGCAGCAUUCAAGCACGCCGAACAAUUUGUUUCUGAGACUUGCAGCUUCCUAGUAGAGAAACUGGUUUUCGAGCCUGAGCCUCCUUCGCCAUAG